ACAGACAGACAGACAGAUAGAUAGAUAGAUAGAUAGAUAGAUAGAUAGAUAGAUAAUGUUCUGUUUGACUGACAGACAGAGGUCGUGAUAUCAGGUCAGUGGGGCGUGCUGACACACUGUAUUUAGGAUUCCCUGUAAUCAGGAGGUAAUUCGCUGUAUUUUCCAGAGCGGAAAAGAACAGCAGGGAGUGACGUCAGUGGUAAUUGGACGGGACACCCUCACCCUGUCCUGCACGCUGUAUUUCAGUGUGUGUUUGCACGGGGAAGCGGUUUCUCCCUGAAGCUCCGGCACUGCAGCGGCAUCAUGGGAAACUCGCCCGGCAUGUCAGUGAAAGAGCUGAGCGCCUGUCAUUCCCAUAAAUGGUACCGCAAGUUCAUGACCGAGUGUCCGUCCGGUCAGCUCACCUUCUACGAGUUCAAGAAGUUCUUCGGCCUGAAGAAUCUGUCCGAAACAUCCAACGAGUACGUCAAGACCAUGUUCAAGACCUUCGACAUUAACGACGAUGGCUGCAUUGAUUUCAUGGAGUACGUGGCUGCUCUGAGUUGGUUUCUGAAGGGUGGCGUUCAGCAGAAGCUGCGCUGGUACUUCAAACUGUUCGACGUGGACGGCAGCGGCUGCAUCGACCGCGAGGAGCUGCUGCUCAUCUUCAAGGCCAUUGAAGCCAUUAACGGAGUAGACCAGGAGUUUUCUGCUGAGGAAUUGACUGACAUGGUGUUCAACAAGAUUGAUGUUAACGGAGAUGGUGAGCUGUCUCUGGAUGAGUUCAUCGAGGGCAUCCAGGCGGACGAGGGUUCUGUCGGUGAUGUUUGA